UAAAGUUGGAACUUAUAUUUGUAUAUGAACAGUGAAGGGAAAAGGGGGAAAACGUCAUUCAGGGGCGAGAUUCAUGGGUCCAGUCCAGUGAGGGAUCCUGUAUUUCAGCUCUUUCGGGGGCCCAAAACCAGCAUCGGUUCCCACUCCUCAGCUUUCUCUGCGUUUCAGUUCGAAUAUUUUAUUUUCUAACGAGCCAAACACCAAGCACCGAAAAAGGAAGACAGAAAAAUUCGUUAUAAGGCGCCAACGGCUGUUCGAUUUCUGGGUUGAUUUUCCAACACCCUUUUGAUUCCUGAAGUGAUUGAAACCUUGAUUAAGGUUCCCAUAAUCCCAUAUAAACAACUGAAGAGUGGUUCUCUUCUUCUCAUUGCCUUCCGCCGCUUUCAUAGCAAUGGUGACAUUGGUACAAGCACAAUAGAAAACGGGAAAUAAAAGGGCAGGGAAGAAGUUUGAGAACUGUUGUGAAACCAGCCAUUUCACUCCAAUUGUGCAAGAUGAGCCAACAGAGGCAAGGGACAGGUUCUCCAGUAGAGGCCCCAGCAAAAAGAAAACGUGGUCGUCCACGCAAGGAUGAGAAUCUGGUACCAGUGGUAAGAGCUGCAACAUCUGGAGCUGACAGUAGGAAGAAAAACACACAGAGCUCUGGUGCAAGUGGUGCGGUAUCUGUACGUAAUGAGGUGGUGGGUCAGCUGGUUUCUGGUGUUGUUGAAGGUUCUUUUAAUGAUGGAUAUCUCAUUAAUGUCAAGUUAUCCAACAGUAACGUUAAUUUGAGGGGUGCUGUUUUUCUUCCUGGGAGAUCCAUUCCUAUUACUGCUGCGAAUGAUGUGGCUCCUCAGAUACCAAUGAUUGAUAGAGUUGAGAUUGACAUCACAUCUCCAGACUCACAAACCAAGCUCCACGGUUCUGUGUCUUUGGUGGAGCAAAGUGAUAAGGCACCUAGUGAGCUCAACAGCAAGGUGUGCAGAGCGCCCGGUGAGGAUAAACCCGCUGAUCCUCAGUCUGGCAUCCCCAGUUCAAGUGAAAAGGAGCCAACCUCUGUUAUCUUGCCACUGGUUGAUAGCAUACAGGUAAGUGCCGCUGGUCUUUCUUCUGGGGAAAAGAUUAAGCCUCCGAUUGCGGAGUUCGACUCUGGAAACCAGAGUGCCUCUGUUUUGGUGCAGUCAGACCCUAAAGUUUUUGAGCAGAACGAUAUGGUGAUUGAAGCUUCUGGAAUGGAAAAGGUGCCAAAUACCGAUGAAGAGAUGACUGGAGGAUCAAAACAAGAUGGAGCAUCUGCAUCCAUAACUGAAAAUUUUCCAGGUACUGAAACUGCCCAACAAGAGUUUCUUACACCAAGUCAGGGUGGGAAUUCUGAAGUCCAGCAUAACGACUCAGCUUGUGAUGGACCGAAAAGCCCAGACCUUGAAGCUAACAAACCUCCUGCAUUUGCUGAACCUGAAGUCAUUUCUGAACCUAUUGGAAUCAACAUUUCAUUGGAAAACCAGCCUUCAUCUAUGGAUGCUAAACCAGAAGAGGAUACUCCCCAGGAACUUGCUACCAACAUUGUAGGUGAUGGUAACACAUCCAACUUGAACAGAACGGCAGCAAGUGAUUCCGCUGUCAUUACGGAUACAAACUCACUCUCUCCACCAGUGGUUCCUUCUGAACCCAGUCUUGUAGCUGAAGGACCUGUUCUCCCAACAGUGAUGGAACCAGAAAUCUGUGCUUCCCCAGGUGCUGCUAACAUUUUGGACUGUAAUACCAAUGACACCAUUGCGCCUACAGAAUUGUAGCUCUAUUUUAGAGUUGUCACAGAUUGUGGAAGGUUUCAAGGAAUGAAACAGGCGAUGCUAGUUAGAAGUUGGGAUUGCAGUUGAGUACUAGGUUAUGGGGCUUCACCCUUUUAUGUUCUUGUCCUGUUACUUAUAUUUAAACUUGUUGAAUGUUAUCCUUGAUGUCCUUUCAUCAGAAUUUUAACUAUUUGAACAUUUGGGCAUUUCUUUGAUUAGAAUGUGCAAGAUAAACCAUUUUAUCGAAUGACUAUUGGAUAAGUUGUACU